AUGAACACUAUUUACUCUUGGGACAAAGGAUGGAAUGUAGGCAGAGAUUUUCAGACAGAGAAGACGUCGAUUCAGAAAGAUGUGAAGCUUCAUAUAAAGGAACCUCUUAGUACUCAUUUUAUUUUAAUUUUAUUUUUAACUUUAUUCUUAAACAGGUGGCAAUCUUUAUACAAGAAAAUUGAUAAAUAUAAAAAAUAUAUAAUUUACAAACGUUUGAGCAAGCCAAUGUGCCUUCGGUGA